AAUCGAACCGGUUUGAGUCCGGGUAUGAAAACAGUGAGCUUUAGUUAAAAAGUCUCAUGGGUCAAACAGAAGCUAUCUUAAAGGUCAGCUCUUGAUGCCAUUCUCCUUCCCGACAACAACAACCACUUCUCUUCCAUUCCACAAGGACCACAAUCACUUCAACCUUAAUCGAAAUCUCCGGUUUUGCUCAAACCUGAAAUAAUUUGUACAAUUGUACUUAACUAAUACAGUUGUGUUUUGUUUUUCUUUAAUUUGAUAUAUAUUUGUUUUUUUUAGUGGAUUUUGAUUGAUAAUUUUGUUGUAAGAUCGAGAAAUAGGAGAAUGACGACGCCUCCAGUUCUAUCUCUCGCUCUUCCUUCAGAUACUGGUCGUGUUCUUAGUAUCCAAUCCCACACUGUUCAGGGAUAUGUUGGUAACAAAUCAGCUGUCUUUCCUCUUCAAUUGUUGGGGUAUGAUGUGGAUCCAAUCAACUCUGUACAAUUCUCGAAUCAUACAGGGUAUCCUACAUUUAAAGGACAGGUUUUGAAUGGUCAGCAAUUGUGUGAUUUGAUUGAAGGUCUUGAAGCAAACGAUUUGUUGUUCUACACUCAUGUAUUAACAGGUUAUAUUGGAUCAGUGUCAUUCCUGGAUACAAUUUUGGAGGUUAUUAAUAAGCUUCGCUCUGUAAACCCGAAUCUUACAUAUGUAUGUGAUCCGGUGAUGGGUGAUGAAGGAAAGUUGUAUGUGCCUGAAGAACUGGUACAUGUUUAUCGUGAAAAGGUUGUUCCCUUGGCUUCUAUGUUGACUCCUAACCAGUUUGAGGCAGAGAAGUUAACAGGACUAAGGAUAAAUUCUGAGGAAGAUGGCAGGGAAGCUUGUGCUAUUCUUCAUGCAGCUGGUCCUUCAAAGGUUGUGAUCACUAGCAUUACUAUAGGAGGCAUUCUAUUACUUAUCGGAAGCCAUCAGAAAGAAAAGGGUCUCAAGCCUGAGCAAUUCAAGAUUUUGAUACACAAAAUCCCUGCUUAUUUUACGGGAACAGGAGAUCUCAUGACUGCUCUUCUACUUGGUUGGAGUAAUAAAUACCCUGACAACCUUGACAAAGCAGCCGAGCUUGCAGUUUCAACGUUGCAGGCGCUUUUGCGAAGGACGCUUGAUGAUUACAAACGAGCUGGGUAUGAUCCUACCUCAAGCAGUUUGGAGAUUAGAUUGAUACAAAGCCAGGAAGACAUUCGCAACCCGAAGGUCGAACUGAAAGCUGAAAGAUACAGCUGAAGCAGGUGAAAAAAUGUAACAUAUUUAUCUGAAAUAAGAAAACAUAGAUGAUUUUGGGGAUACAAUAAUUAUGUUGCACGAUUCUUUUAUGCAUAUAAAAGAGUACAGACUUCAGAGUAAUAGGAUGUUCAAGAGCUCCUAUAAAGCUUUUAAAACAGCCUUAGACUGUUUGGUUUGGAUACUUAUCUUUCAUCAUUUUGCUGAUGUUAAUACGUUAACAAGAAAAGAUGGAGCGGAGAUACGCGUUCUGUUCCUCUUUCUUUCAGAUACGAAUCGGUAAACACGUAUUGAAUUCAGCUCUCCCAAGUUAU